CUGCGGGGGUGGCCGUGAAGGACCGGCCGGCCCCGGUCUAUGAGCGUGCCCGGCCCUCCCCUUGCAGCCGGGGGCCUGUGCCGUCCCUUCCCUCUCCCGCUGGGAAUGCCGUGGAAAAUAGCUGGCUUCCGCAUGGGCUUCGCACUGAACGAGCUGGAAAAUGGGAAUUCCAAAAAAGAAAGUGAUUUAAACCUGGCCCAGGCUCGUGUGAGAGACCUCGAUGCCCAGCUAAAUGCAAAGGAAGCUGAUUUAGCAACAGCCCUGAAUGAGAACCGGACUUUGGAGAAUGAGCUCCGUGAAUUAAAGGAUCAAGUACUCAGUCUGAAUCUGUCACUGGAGGAUACUAAAAAGCAUCUCCACAGCGAAAUGUUGAGGAGGGUAGACCUAGAAAACCAUAUGAAAACUUUGCAGGAAGAAAUGACGUUCCAGAAGCGCCUUCAUGAAGAUGAGCUCAAAGAGACAAAAAGAGUCCAUGAAAGCAGGAUAGCAGAAGUAGAAUCUGGUCGUCAAAGGGAAUUUGAGAGUAAGCUCUCAGAUGCUCUGCAGGGCCUCAGAAAACAACAUGAAGAACAAAUUCAAGGUUACAAAGAGGAGAUGGAGCGAACAUUCAGUGCAAAGGUGGAGAAUGCCCAGCUAGAUGCAGCAAGAAACAGUGAGUUUGCCAAUGCUGCUCGGGAGGAGCUGAAGGAAACACAGAAGAGAGUUGAUACUCUGGUAUCUCAAGUUAAUCAAUAUCAAAGCCAGAAUGUUGCUUUGGAGAGCAGAAUAAAGGAGCUACAGAAUUUGCUGGAUUAUGAUUGUGAUCUCCAUCGAAGGCGUAUGGCUGAAAAGGAAGAAGAAAUGGCACAAGCUCAGAAGCAGGCACAAGCACAGCUAGAAGAGUAUGAGCAUCUCUUAGAUGUGAAACUGGCUCUAGACUUGGAAAUAAAUGCAUACAGAAAGAUGUUGGAAGGAGAGGAACAGAGGCUAAAGCUGUCACCCAGUCCAUCUUCACACAGCACAGCAACUCAAGCAGCAAGUCAGGGGCGACGAUUCCUGCAUGGGAAGAAAAGGAAGAUCAAAGAAACCAAAAAGAGAGAGCAUAGUGCUGCAUUUAAGACUAUUCAGCAUGUUUCAGCUACUGGAAAUAUAUCUAUUGAAGAGAUCGAUGCAGAUGGGAAAUUUGUCAGGCUUAAAAAUCACUCUGCUGAGGAUCAACCUCUACAUGGCUGGGUGUUGAGACGACGAAUUGGAAGUGUGGCAGAUGUUACCUACAAGUUUCCUUCACGGUUCACUCUUCAGGCAGGCCAAGAAGUUACAAUCUGGGGUGCAGCUGCUGGUGUAAGCCCAGGUCCUAGUGAUCUGGUCUGGAAGUCUCAGAAGUCUUGGGGAACUGGUGAUAAUAUUGGUGUUACACUCAUCACAGAUGAUGGUGAGGAACUCGCAGAGAGGAAGAUAAUGCUUGUACCCAGAGAAGAAAGUGAGCAUGAUGAUGAUUAUGAAGAAAUAACUGGAAGUGAAGCAGAGUUUGCAUCUCAGACCAAAAGAAGAAGGAAAAAGAAAUGUUGUUUGGUUUCAUGAUAGUGGUUCCUGUGAGCAUCCUUAAGCAGCAAAAUGAAGAUCCCAGCUGUUCUGUCAUGUAACAUGGACAACCAUCUGAAAACACCUCUCAGUGUUAGGUGACAUAGACUGUAUGUGUGUUGGUAUCUUCUGUAAUAUCUGAAAUUUGGAAUUCACAUAUUCCAUCUGAUGUCUUUGUGAGAAGCAUUGUCCAUAACAUGAUGGAAUUUGCUACCUUCUGAUACUGGACCCUGGCCUUGGAUUCACUGAUACACAAAGAGCAGUAGAAUACAAGCUCCAUGUGAAGUUAUUUUUUAUUUUUACUUUUACACAAGGAUCCGGUUUCUCUGACCUGCUGAAACAGAGGAGGGUACAGAGUUUACAAAGCUUCUAAACAUGUGCCCUAACAGGAUCUUAAACACUUGACAAUGAACAUGAGGCUGCCUCAGCUUUCUCAAUAUUCUGAUAGGGUAUUCUCCAAAGGUAAUUUCUCUUUCCAGUCUGAGUGGGAAACAUGGGACUGAUCACACCCUUGCACCUUGAGCAAGUCUGAAGUAAAACAUUGUACAGAAGAGUGAUGAGUGUCUGAAAUGUUUCCUGCUCAGCUCCUAAUGCAGAAAUACAUACUACAUGGUCUGGAUCACUUCCUAGAGUGAAACACUUUAGAAUUAAAAGCAAAUUGUAAAAAAUAUUCAAAAGUUAUAAAAUUAUAAAGUAUAAAGGUAUUAAAUGUACUGUUUCUGUAGCCCAGCAGCUGGAAGUCCCUGAUUCAGUAUUGUAUAUUCCUAGAUGCAGGGUAUCACAGCAGAGCUGUGCCAGCCUUAACUUGGAAAAAUGUAUCCUGGAAAUGUGAAAAACAUCUCAUUCUUACAGAGCAGGUACUGAGACCAGUGCUGCUAGCACUGUUUGAUUGGUCCAAACAGCUUUCUAAGGGGCUGGAGAGAAAAAUAUGCUAAGUAAAAAAUCAGAACUAGAAAGCCCCAACUGCAGUGAAAAACAUCAAACUCCUUGCUCUGGGAGCCCUUAUGUGCUAAAUCUCCAUGCAGGCCGCAGCUGUGUCUAAUGGGACUGCUGGGGAAAACUGGUUAUGGGCCAGUGUGUGCAGCUCCCUGUCACUCUGGUAGCUCUGUGCUCCGUGGAAAGCCUGUCCUGUAACCCCCGGGAGGGGACAGUCAGCCUCGGGCCCGCUGCAGUCACUCUGGCUCUCCAAACUGCUCCCCCGCUGGCCCUGGAGGAAAGAAAGGGCUUUGAGCCACAUGAAGUAAACUUCCACCUGAGAGCAGGAGGGGAGCAGCUGAGCCUGCAGCUUUCUCUCAAUGCUGGAGUAGUGUUUUGAUUGUCUCUUAACUUGCCAAAGUGUUCAGUUCCAAAUUCAAGACCUGCUUUGUGUUAGGAUGCAGGUGUUAAGGUGGGGUUUUCCUUAUGCUAGCUUAAACUCUGACAUUAUUUAAAAAUUCUAAUUUUGAGACAUCAAGAGUAGAUGCUGGUUUAAGACUUGGAUUUUAGCAGAUCCAAAUUCUUGUUCCACCUCAAACAAUAUAAAUAGCUGCUGCUCUAACUUUGCUGUAUUUAUCUUUAUUUCUUAAAACUUUUUUAACUAUUAAAGAUAUUUUUCAUGUAUAUAAAAGCAGUCUUGGAUUUAAGUAUUUGUAGAUUAAAUAAUAAAGGUCUGUCUGUUCAAUUA